AUGGCGAUUUGUGUAUACUACCUCGUCGGCCGAUGCUUAGCGGGAAUCAAAUGUCAUCACAAGCACACAGGUCCAGCCUUCCCUACCCCAUGCAAGAAUUUCGUUCUCCACAACACCUGUACCUGGGGGGCGAGAUGUCGAUAUGCGCACCCAACUCCGGUUGCCGCAGAAGAUCCCGACCCUUCUCGUUCUUCCUGCAAAAACUUCCUUUCGAGACGCGGAUGCAAGUUCGGAUCCAAGUGCCUCAAUUAUCACCCAGGAGCCGUGAAAAAGGCAGAUCCUAGCUCGAUUCCAGCUCCGCCAUCAACUCAAUCCACCACAAUUACACUGAUAGCUUCGAAGGCUACAGAUAUUGUCAGUAGCAUAUUGACUCGGGAUGAAUUUGCUAGUAUAGCGUUGGCUUCAUUAACGGAAUCUGAUUCCACUCCUGAUCUUCCAUCACUUCAAUCUAUCACGGCAGCACCAGCAGGUUCGAAGGCCACAGACAUUGCCAAUGUCAAAUUAUCUCGGGAUAAACCUGCUAGUACAGUGUCGACUCCAUCAAUUGAAUCUAAGUCUACUGCAGGUCUUUCGCUACCUCAACCCACCAUGACCAAAACGACAGCUUCAAAGGCUACAGACGUUGUCAAUGUCAAAUUAUCUCAGGAUAAAUCUGCCAGUGAAAUCUCAGCUCCAUCAACGGAAUUUAGCUCCACUCCAGAUCUCUCACUACUUCCAUCCACAACAACGAAAUUGGCGGGUUCGAAGGCCACGGAUACUGCCGAUGUAAAAUCUUCCGAUGUUGAGGUUGACACAAUGCUUGCUUCAUUAGUGAAUCCUAGUUCUGAUGACGCUGCUACAUCGCCACCAGCACAAACCCCUCUUUCACUUGAUAGGGAUCAGAUGGAUGCUACCUACAUGAGAAAUUCCUAUGAUGAAUUUAAUAGUACAAAGCCAGCUCCAUCAAUAAAUCCUGGUUCUAAUCUGACAGCUCCACCAUCCCAAUCACUCACAUCUGUUCCAGCCAGUUUGAGCAACACAGACGAAAUCGGUGACGCAUCUUUGACGGAUAUUACGUCCGUUGGCGGUAGCUACGAGCUAGUUCGAUCUACAACUCGAAGCCCAUCCCUCAUCGACAGCGAGUAUGACACUUCGUUAUCCACCGUUUCAGAAGAAGCGACUACAACCAAGCUAGUUCAAUCUGACUCAGGUAUAGAUCUUGCUGAUCGCGUGAAUAACAAUCAGCAAUUUAACAAUUUUGCGGAUCAAUCGGCUGCACCAUUAAUUACACCACCAAAUGAUUCUUCAACUGGCCUCGGAUUAGUAUCCGCAGUUCAGUCUGCCGAUUUAGAUCCUCCGACAAACCAGUUACCCAGUUUCAUGGAUGGGGUAACGCAUGUCCAUAGCCCGAAUGACACUAUUCUAUCAACUGCUACAGAAGAGAUAUCGAUUAGCCCAUUGAUUACAGCACCAAUCAACCCUAAUAUUGAGCCUACACCAGCAUCUGCAGUUGAAAGCACCAACCCAGAUCUGCCAGCAAACGAUUUCUUUUACAAGUUGAUUGCAGCAUCUGCGGCUGCGGAUAAACAGCGUUUGGAGGAGACUUCAUCCAUUUCUACAAAUGAUCAAACAACUAUUAAUAAGCUCUCCCCUUCAGUCAUAGACUGGUCAGCUGCAACAACACCCUCUAAUCUUGAGCUAGAAGGACCUGGCAUCUACGGGCGCGAAAUUUGUGUAGUUCUAUGCACAUGGCCCCAAGAGUGGAAUAUCCCAGCAUUCGCCAUAGUCGACGCUCUUACUAACCUAGCAUCAACCUUUGGAGAAAUCGUAUGCCAACCAUUUUAUCGCAAUGCCGGCUUCAGCCACUCCCUUCAAUUCAAAUUUCAACAUCCUCAUGAGGCGGCUGCGGCUUCUGCACAAUUGAACAAUCAGUAUAUCAACGUUGCUGGUACAUAUAUGAGUGUUCAGACCUCAGUUACUCACCAAAUCACAGUCACAUACAUGAUACCUCAAUACAUCAUCGAGUCACUAGGUCGCCACGGUCAAGGAAAUCUCUACACACUCUUCGAGCAAAACUUUUGUCAGCUUCAGUGGAAUAAUUUCCAUCGUUAUUACUUAUCCGGUGAACUAGUUACCGAAGUUACGAUUAUGGGUAUGUACGAGGGACAGGUGGCGCAGUGCAAAGCUGUCCUUGAGGACCUUAUUAGAGGUAGAGUGUUGACUCAUGAGGAAGGUGAUAAUAGACCUCUUUGGCACGACUUUUUCCAUACAGAAGAGGGAACAAAGUGGCUUAGAGAGAAGACGGAGGAUGCUUUUUAUUUGAGGGUGCGGGCGGUGAGAAUGGCGAAUUUAAAUGUUUUGAUGAUUUAUGGAUCGAGUGAGUUGACGAGAAAUGAAUUUGGAGGGAUAGUUAAGAAGAAGAUUGCGGGGUUGGUGGAAGGAGAUAAGAAGACUGCGGAAAUUAGUGCUGUGGUAGCUGAGGAGGUGAGAUUGAUGAGAUUGAGAGUUUAG